GAAAGGAGAGGGACUCCUGGGGUUAGGGGAAGAGGGCAUGUGGAUGAGUGGGGGACACACCAAACUCAUCAAAUUGAUCACCCCCUUUGAAAAUUAUUGAGGCUUUUCUGACACAAACAUAUAAUAAAAACACAAAGCCCUGACCGUCUCUCAGGCCUCUUCAGUGUUUUGCCCUUUCUCUCCUCUCUCUCUCUCUCUAUCUCUAUCUCUCUUCCUCUGCUUACUUGAAAUCUUGGUGGAACUGCAUUUGGGUCAGAGUGGAAAACACCAACGUCUGUGAAUUGAGAAGAAAACCCUCAUCAACUUCUCAGCUUCCUCAUUAGUGCUUGGAAUUAAAGGUCUGUGAGGAUGCCAAGAUCAGGCCCAAGACCCUAUGAGUGUAUCAGGAGAGCUUGGCACAGUGAUAGGCACCAGCCUGUGAGAGGUUCUCUCAUUAAAGAGAUUUUCAGUGUGGCGAAUGAGAUCCAUAGCUCAGCUACUAGGAAGAACAAGGAAUGGCAAGAGAAGCUCCCUAUUGUUGUGUUGAAAGCAGAAGAGAUUAUGUACUCUAAAGCCAAUUCUGAGGCCGAAUAUACGGACCUUAAAACGCUUUGGGACCGGGCAAAUGAUGCCAUUAAUACCAUAAUUCGCCGCGAUGAAAGCAUUGAAACUGGGGAAGAGUUUCUUCAGCCUUGUAUUGAAGCUGCUCUCAAUCUGGGGUGUGUAGCAAGAAGAGCUUCAAGGAGCCAACGGUAUUCUAAUCCAAGGUGUUAUCUGAGCCCCAUCACUUCUGAUGUCCCUAGCGUGGUAGAGAAAGGUAGUCAAAAGGAUAAAAUUUCCAAUCCACAGUAUACGCCUCAUUGUUCGAACUUUGUGAAACCCAUUACUAUUAACUCAACCCAUCUUGGCCCUGAAUCCACUAUGAAAUCUACCUCUGCAGCCGAAAAUGUUCCUCCUUGUGGUUAUGACCAAUGCUCACCUAGGGAUAUUCGGGCAACGUCUAAUAUGUCUUCAUAUCCUCUGUACUAUGGGAACUGCCCUCAGUUUGAAGAACUCAAGCAUGGUUUUGUUAGCCUUCCCAAACCAGUUCCGAACCCUAUAAAGCCGGCCAAGAUGAGUGUUAUCCCAAACCUGUUCAGAAAUGGAGAUAAACCAAGCAACAGUAGUCAGAAAGGUCCAAGGGACUACCCUGAUCAGAGCCCAGAUACAAUUUGGUGUGAUCUCUCUCUCCGGUUAGGCUCACUCUCUAGUCGAUGCCCGGGUAGUGAAAGCAAUCCUGCACAGAAAGUCAAAGAUGUUGGUGCUCAAGAAGGGAGCAAGUGUACUGAUCAGCCUUCACAAUUGGACAAAGAGCUGUCUUUCUUUCCUAAAGGUAAUGACCGUGUCCCAAUAGGCUCGAAUUCAGGUCGGUGGAGUUUUGAGGGCGAGUUUAUGAAUGUGCAAUCAACAAUGAGAAAGCGAAAGGCAGAUUUUAAUCACCCAAACUGAGGAUACUAAAUUUUGUAGGCAGCCAGAGCUUCCGUUCAGCCGCUUGACUGGAAGUAUGGGAAAUGGAGAUUUGUAGACUGACUCCUCUUGCUUUAGUGAGUUGUUUCAAGAUCCUCUUGCUGAAGCUUUUUCUUUUUUCUUUUAGCAAAAUCUUGAUUUUACUUCCUAGCUGGUAAAUGAAGUGAGCUGCUUUUUUGCAGUGUUGAAAUGUAAAUACUGAACUAAAUAGGUUAGAUUAGCAAAUCGAUGAGCUAACUAGUGCUGCUUUUGCAGUUAGCAAAAUAUGAAGCUUUUCUAGAACAUUGAACUUUUAUGAAGUUAAGGUUAUAUUGGGGUUACAUUGCAUGA